CAAAAAGUGAGAGAUCGAAUUCAAAUCGCAUCCCGAUUCAAGAAUUCAUUAGGCAUUUACCCUUUUUUUUUUUCUUUUUUUUUUAGUUUUAAGUCGUUUAUUGGUUUCACGAAGAAGAACUCAACCCUCGCUCUCUCCUUUGGCCGAUUACGCUGUGCGUGUUCACUUCCAGUGGGGGGUUUUGCCCGAGUUUUCUAAAAGGGCAAGCCAUGGAAGAUCCUCAUUCUGUCAGUAGUCCUAGAAGAAUUCUCAGCCUGUCAAAGAAGAGGAGGGCAACUGCUUUCUCUCUGGACGCAGAUGAUAGGGCUUCUGGGUUUGGAGUGUCUGGAGAACAUGGUCCCAAGCCGUCAGAAGUUUAUGGGUUCGUGGGUUCCAUAACUACUGUUGUUGCAACAGUUAUUUUCUUGGUAUGGGCAUAUGUUCCUGAGGCUUGGCUACAUUAUAUCGGAAUCUUCUACUAUCCUAGCAGGUAUUGGGCGUUGGCAGUGCCAGCUUAUUUUAUGGUGACAGUAGUAUUAGCAUUGGGAUUUUAUCUUGGUCUUAACUUCAUGUCAACUCCUUCCCCAACUUCCUUAAACACAAUGUUUGAUGAAUUCAGUAGAGAGCCAUCAAGCUUCCUUCCUUCAAUGGAUGGAGAUGAGCAGCCCAUUGAACCCAUAUCUGAUAUUGGCCUCGAUAGAAUUAAUGAUGUCAUGUUUAAUAAUGUAAAUUCAUGAUCCACACUAGGUUAUGGUUGUCUUGUAUCUACAUUAGAUUUUGUUUGAGAAGUAUACACUAUUCUUCUGUUUAUUAGAUUGUUGAGAUUAUAUUGUACUA